GAUGCAUUUUGACACGUGAUCAUGAACAUAUUUUUCUUCAGGCAUAUUUUGAACGUUUUUAAUUUGCAAAGAAAUCGUAUCCUUAUAUUUUAUUUUUAUUUUUUUUUUGGAAGGAGACAUUAAAGGAUAUUUUGUUUAUGUAGAGAGGAAUCCUUUUUAUGUGACAUAAGUUUCUUCCAUCAUUCAGCAUUUGAAUCUUCGACUUUUAAUUUUUAAGAUCUGCGCAAUAUUUGGCCAUUUUUAAUUUAACCCAUUUUCUGGACUCGCCUGUAAACACUUUAACACACACAAACUUCCUCUCGAGGAAAUCAAGCGAACAAGCAAGCGAGGAAAGCAGCGCACCCUGCGUUUUAAAUCAUCCACAGAGAAGGUUUAAGCGGUGAAUAAAUAUUUAUCGCCUCCUCUUAUUUUAUCUCUCUUUUCAAGGCGUGGAAAAUGGACGUAAGAGACAACCCAUUUAUUAAAAACCGAUCCAGCACGAGAAUUACGAAUGCCCCAGGAGGGAAUUCCACCGUAUCAUUUGGAAACUACGUAGAACCUGAGAACAAAAAUGCCAGCAAGAAAAAUGUGAACUCGGCCUCAAAGAAUAAUGAGAGCUCGGAGGCUGCGGGUAACCCCGAAAUGAACAAGCUGCCAUCUAAGUCGGACAAAAAGACGAACGUGAAGGUGAACCAGCCCCCCGGAGGAGCGUCAAGCAUCAUAUUCGGAUGAGGGUCUUCCCAAGUUAUCUGCGAAUUAUAAACCCAUGCAUCCCCUAUCCUAAGGGAAAGGACAAAUUAAAUAGAGCACCUCCAAGUAGACAU